AUCAUUUUACAAUAUGCUUCACAUAUGACUUAUUUUUAUUGAAGCCUGGACGCAGAACUUUGUGCAAAAUUUCUUCCCCUGCUCGGCCCUAACCCCCAUUGAUGGUGGAAUAGCUGGUCGAGAAGUGCCAGAUCUUGGUCGUCAUACUUCUCGUCGCGGCCCUUGAUUCUUCCCUUCUCGUUCAAUGAUACACGCGGUGUCGAAUUGAUUACUGGUUAGAUAAGAGAUGCAGACCGCCCAAGCUUGGUUCACCGGAUACCCGAGCAGUAGCGAGCCGCAGAAAUCUUCUGCUCUCGGAUUCGAUAUCGAGGCAGCUGUUAGGACCGCCAACGAUAAGGUGUCCGGGACCUUCAACGUGGUCUCAAAAAGUGUAAGAGAAAUACCUGGAAGCUUCCAGACUGCUACAAGCAGUGUUCCUUCUGGGAAGGCUCUCAUGUACUUUGGAUUGCUACUUGCUAGUGGAGUGUUUUUUAUCUUCCUUGCAUUCACCAUGUUCCUUCCAGUUAUGGUUAUAAUGCCUCAGAAAUUUGCAAUCUGUUUUACUCUUGGCUGUGCCUUCAUUAUUGGAUCUUUUUUCGCUCUUAAAGGUCCAAAGAAUCAACUGAUUCACAUGUUUUCAAAAGAGAGGCUUCCUUUCACAUUGGGUUUUAUAGCCAGCAUGGUGGGAACAAUUUAUGUGUCCAUGGUGCAGCACAACUACCUGCUUUCUGUUUUCUUUUCUGUGAUUCAGGUUCUGGCACUCGCGUAUUAUGCCAUAUCCUACUUCCCUGGAGGUUCUGCUGGCAUGAAAUUUCUGUCUGCGGCUCUCAUGUCAUCCAUUCUGAAGUGCUUUGGGAGAUGAUGCAGAAGCGUUUAAUAUGAAAAUUCUUGCAAAAUAAUACGUUAAUUCUCUGAUCCGAAGUUCUUCCUAAGUUCUUCAGCCUUAGUACCUCUCUUCCCAUUUUGUAAAAAUUUUUUGGAGCUAGUAAUUUCUUCCAGAUUACCUUAGAUUUUCCUGCAUUAAGAAAAAAUGACCGCAGGUGUUCCUUGGAACUUCCCAUAGAUGAUGACAACGUUGAGUGCUUUAAUUGUCUUUUUUCUUACAACUUGAA